AUGGCCAUCCUGGCGUUUCUUUUUGGACUGCUGAUCGGCCUCGCUGCCUUGCCGGCCGGCCUGGCCUUGCUGGUGCAGCGGUCCUACUCGGAGAAGGAGAACCGACGCCAUCUGCGUGCGGAGCGCCGGCGCCGGCGGGCGGUGGUUGAGUCACGUCGAGCACGGCUCCUGGCCCGUGCGGCAACUUCGCCCGAGGCGUUGGCCGCCGCGGCCGACGGCAGCCCUUACUUGCUGGAUCUGGCACUGGACCCGGAGGCCGACCAGGCGGCCGGGGCCCAGGCGGACCUGGGCAACCUGGACGUCGACUCGGACAUCGAGGAUGGACCGGGUCCCGGUGCACGGAGCCUGCUUGGCCGGCCGGCCGGCGGCCCGGCCGAAGCACUUGACGACAUGUUCGCCGACUAUGUGGAUCUCGAUGAGAUCGCCCCGCUGGGCGACCCGCGGGAGCUCAUGCGCCGACAGGUUCGCUCGCAGCGCCUGACCGAAUGGCCAACCGGGGCCCGGGAGUCCAUCAUCGCCAUGCUCCCGGCCCCCGGCGGGUACGAUUACACGGAGGCCGACUUUGCCCUGCACCCGGGCGCCCCGCUGCCGAAGGGGGCCGAGCCAUGCCGCUGGCUGAAUGUGGCCCUGGCGCGGUUGUUCUUCUCCAUGCGCACGUCGCCGCUGCUGAAGAACAAGAUUCGCCGCAAGUUCGAGGAGAAGGUCCUGCCGAAGCUGGUGAACCAGUCGAUCAUUAAAUCGGUCGAACUGUCACACCUCUUCCUCGGUGACACACCGCCGACGGUCCUCUGGGCGCGCAUCCUUCCGUACAGCCCCUCGGCCAAGCACAACCACCAGGUUGUCCCGGUGGAGGUGGACCUGGCUCUGUGCUAUGCCGGCGGGCCCGUUGGCGGCCAGGCGUCCAGCAUCGGCGGGACCCUGGUGGUCGAGGCGUCGGUCGGCGGGGUGAGUCUCACGGCCCCGGUGUCGGUGUCCCUGCGCCGGCUGGAGGGCAUCCUCCGGCUGCGCCUGCCGCACCCGGAGAACCUGUCCGAAAUGGACAUUGCCUUUGUCCGGCCGCCGGUUCUCGAUUUGCAAGUGUCCUCGAAUUUGAUCCUCUUCCGGUCGCAGGUGGACCGCUUCCUGGCCAAGAAACUGGCAUCCAUCCUGCGCGAGCUGCUGGCCCUGCCCCAGCGCCGGCCGGUGGACCUUCCCCUGGUAUCCUUCCCCUCGAAGCAUCCCCUGUGCGAGUGCGACCUGCCGGCUUUGGUGGCCGAGGCCCUGCUCAAUCCCCUGUCCGGGUACCUGCUGGGACAGGGCAGUGCCGGUGGCAGUGCCGGGCAUGGCGGCCUGUCCGGGGGCCUUUCGGGGGCGGCCGGCGCCGGGGGCCGGGCCGACGCGCGCAUGCACCAUCCGCUUCCGGGCCGGCGGUUCCGCUCGGACCCGCAUGCGCGUGAAACCCAGCUCCGCAUUCGCUUCCCCCUGGGCUUCCAACUGGCUGCCAUGCCGGCCGCGCCGGCUCCCCUGACCGGGGCCGACUUUUCGGUGUUGGCGGAUUUGGUUUCCUCCCUGGCUUAUGCCACCCUGGAGGUGCUUCACUCGCCCUCGAGCUCCACCAGCCUGGGAUCUCUGCGGCUUCGGGCCCUGGCCGGUGAUGAUGGCGAGGCGACGCCCCUCGGGGCCGGGACCAUGGCCGGUGGCGGCCCCUCUGCCGGGGGUCCGGCCACUGCUGGCAUGCCGAGCCCCGGAGGGUCGUCUCAUCCCGCCGACACCGGGUCAUCCAGUGCGGCCUCCUCGACCACCGGAUCGCCCUCCAUCCAUGGGGGGACCGGUGUCAGCGGCUCGACAGGGCCCGGGCCCGUGGCGGCCGGGUCCGGCGCCGCGGCCACCCUCGGCCAGGGCCCCGCACCGUCGGCGGCCGCCCGCACAGCUGCCAUUGCCUGGACCAGCAUCAGCGAGAAGCAUGGCGCGGCGGUCUUCGAGAAGCGCAAGCCCCAGAAACCCGGCGAGCCCAGUCUCUAUCGGAUUCGGGCGCGAGUGGCCUGCUCUCCGGCGGCCAUGGAGCGUGUUCUCCGGCAGAAUGACUCCAUGCACAUCGCCAGCCUGGAGGCCUCCUUCCGCCAGGCGCCGGUCUUGCGCACGGUCCUCCCCGGGGCCGGGCUUUCGGACGCCGCGGCCGGCUUCCUCCGGCGCGUGGAAGACCUGGGCGUGGAGCGGGUGAGCCUGCGGGAGUUGCACUUUGGGUCCAUUCGCCGGCGCACGGCCGGCGGGGCUGGCAACUCGUCUUCCGGCUCGUCCGGCUCCGAGGCCAAGUCCGAGUCCAAGUCCCAUUCGGCCGGGGCCAUGCUCUCGCCCCUGACACCGGCCACCGGGACACUGGGCUCGAGCGCCGGGACCGGUGCCGGGACCGGCACAGACACCCCGCCGUCCGAGCAGCAGCAGCAGCAGCAGCAGCAGCAAGACCAAGAGCAGCCGCUGAAUGUCUGGCAGGUGCUCGAGGUCCAUGGCACGGACCCGGCCAGUGGGUCCUUCUUCUCUACCAUGCGCUCGGUCACCUUUGCCCCGAGCCAGGGGACCGCGGCCGAGGCCCCUUCCGGUGGCUUGGCCGGCGGCAUGGCCGAGGAUGGCGAACCCGGGCCCGGUGGCUUCAUCACCGGUGACUCGGGUGCCAGCCUCACGCGCGAUUCGUCCAGCCUGGCGUCGGCGGCCACGCACUUUGCCGAAGACAUCGCCUCGUCGGCAUCCUCGGUGGUGGCUUCGGUCAUGGGCCAGGCGGGAUCCACCUCCGGGGGGUUGCUCUCCUCGUCGGCCUCGUCAGUCACCCAGGCCCUGAAGCACGCCCAGACCACUCGCCGGCCACUGGUGUACCUGUGCUCCUUCUUCAUCAGCCCGGUUCCUGGUCACCCAGACGUGGCCGAGUUCACCUGGGUAUCGCAACUCGAGGGUGAGACGCGCGCGCUGCUUCACCCGAAUCUCGCGCGCGUGGAGCGCCUGAAAACCCUCUUCGAGCGGCUUGGUUCCCCCCUGGUCCUUUAUCCCUCGCCCUCCAUCCAGAGCGGGCCCCUGCUGCUGCCGAUCGAGGAGGUGUCCGUUUUGCUUCCGACACUCUCGCACUCGGGCACCGGCCUGCCGGUCCUGUCGCGGUCGGCGGCCGCCACGCCGGCCGGCCUUCGUGAAGACGGCGACACACAGGGCGAUGGGGAUGGACGUGGGCGUUCCCGGUCGCCGGCCGAUGUCGGGCUCCUGCGGUCUGGCCGGCCGAUCUCCGCGUCCAUCAGCAGCUCCAUUUCUCUGGACCACCUGGCCGACCUGAGUGGGCCUCCCUCGCCCUUGGAAGCGCCGGGCUCGGCGCCGGCCGCCACUCAUAGCCGGCUUUCCUCCCCGGCGGCGCCCUUCGGCGGGCAUGGGGAAUUCCUGACGGUGCCCGGUGCUGGGCCCCCCUCUGCCGGGACCGGGACCAUGUCCACCAGCCAGUCGUAUGACGAUUUCCGCCAAUUGCAUCAGCAGCUGACCGGGUCCUCGGUCGGGGGCGAUGCCACCGCCAGCGGCGCUGCGACAGGCAGCCCCGCCCGUUCGGCGGACACCGAGGCCGCCUCUGCUCGGUCGCUGGUCAUGACCCCGGCAGCGCACGCGGCCCUGGUACGGCGGGCCCUCAUGUCGCCAUAUAUCCUCCGGCGGCCGUGGCGCAUUGUCGACAAGACCACCAUUCGCCAGCUGUCGGACACGCUGCUGCGCACGGCCCUGGCCUGCGAGGCGGCCUUUUCCCUGCCGCUGGUGAGCGAUCCCUUUGACUCGGGGCUGCUGCCAACGUCCGGCUCUUCCGGCGAGGGCGCCGCCUCCGGCAAGGUCCGAAAGCUGCUCUUCCAUCCACCGCUCAUGGUGGCCUAUGUGGAUGUGGCCGAGCCGCCGGAUGUGGUGUUCCGCACCUUGACCAUGCCCUCGGCCCGGCGGGUGGUCCAGCCCGGCCUGCAGUCCAUCAACACGCUGGCUCUGCUCAGUUUGAAGGGCACGUCGCCCUCGGGAGCCGGGUCUCCGCCGGGGGGGUCGUCGCCCGGGCCGCUGUCCCCGCGCGAGGGGCCGGCUGACGGAUCGGCCGAUGCCAUGGACCAUCUGUCGGUUUUCAGCUCCCACCGGACCAUGGCCGUGCGGAGCUACAGCUACAAAGGCGAAUGGCGCCUGCCCAAACGCGAGGCCUUCCUGCUGGAUGUGUGCCAGCCGAUUGCCGGGGUCCGGCCGGGGGCGACGGUCGCCACCACCGCGGCCGCCACCGCCGCGGCCCCGGCUGCUGGGGGUGGCGGCGGUGUGGCCGCCGCCCCGGCGGCCGGCUCCGCGCAUGCCACCUCGGCAGCCGGGCCGGCGGCCACCCCCGGGAGUUACAUCGCCGCGCAAAUGUCCAUCCUGCCGGAUGGGUUCUCGGCCGGGGCCUACUUCGGCAAGGACAGCCAAAUGCUGCUGAAUGUGCCCCUUUCGGCGUUCAUUGCGCGGUCUCCCUCGCCGGCCACCCUGGCGGCGGUGUCCCUGCCAGCGGAUGACCAUGCAUCGGAGGCAGGCUCGGCCGCCGGGGCAGCCGGCUCGGCAUCCUCGUCUGCCGGUGGGGGUGGCACCUCGGCCGGCGCGGCUGGCGCCACGUCAAGCUCGGCCACGCCGGCCGUCGGGUCGACCGGGGCUGCCACCCCCUCGCCGGCUCUGGGCGGCGCGAGCCCGGCCGUCUUGGGCCAGGCAUCGCCCUCGGUGGGGUCGGUGGCCAUUGGCUCCGGCUCCGCCGGCAUGCCGUCCAACUCGAGUGGCGGAUCUAUGCAGGCCGGAUCCACCGUUCAGGGGUCCGGCGUGGCGGGACCCGACGUGUCGGACGGCCAGGCAUGCGACGCAAGCCGGCGCCACGCCCUGGCGGCCCAAGUGACACGUCUCUUCUUUGUGGCCAUCGUCAACCCGGUGCAGGACCCGGCCCAAUUGUCGCUCUUGUCGUUGCAUGCGUCCGACCUGCCGAAGCAUGUGGGCGAGCUGGUGGCAUCCUCCUCCACCGCUACCACCACCACCACCACUACUACUACUACUACUACUACGGCCGGGGGGCUCUCCAGUUCGAGCCCCAUCUCGGUGCCGGGCUCCGGAGUCACGGCCAGCGGGACCAUCACGCCGUCGGCCGGGGUGUCGGCCGCGUCGCCGUCCGGGUCCUUGAGCACGGGCGCCGGUGGGUCUGGCGCUGGCGCCGGCACCAGCACGGCGCCCGUGGCCCCGGCCGUCGGCCGCGUGGACUCGUCACUGGUGGCCCGGGUGUCCAACUCCUGGAUCCGACAGUUGGAGAUGACGGCCUUGCAGGCGCGCCGGCUGCGGCCGAUGACCUCGCGCUUGGCCGGGCAGCUGGACCAGCUGGCCGUGGCCGAGAGCUCCCGCGCGCAUGAUGGUUCGGUCAUCAAGUCGCCGAAGCCGAUCGAGGUGUCGAAGUUUUCGUCGGACAUGUCGGCCGAGCCGACACGCCGAUUGCUGGGCAUGGCCCCGGGCGGUGGGCCCGGUGUCCCGGGGCUCGGGGGCGAUGCGCUGCUUUCCGGCGGCGAUCGUCCGGCCGGGGGGCUGCUGCGUGCUCCGGAAGACCGGACCCGUGGGCGAUCCCCUUCGCGAGGCCGGUCCCCGGGUCCAUCCGGGGUGGCGGUGAGCUCGCCGCCGGCCCCGGCCCUCGGGUCCGGCAUGGAGGCAUGUAGCUCCAUCGACUUUUCCGAGGCCCUCAGCUCGGAUGACAUUUCCAAGGUGACCAUUCGCAAUGGGUCGGCUUUCCAGGCGGUUCUGCCGGUGACGCUGGACCUCCCGGCCCCUGGCGGCUGUGCCUCGGCGGCGCAGCUUCCCCUGGACCAUGCGUCCAGUGUGCAGCUCCUGCUGGACUGGACCCCGGCACGCGAUGGCACCCCCCCGGCCGACCUGCCACCCGGGUCAGGGGAUGUCCUGCUGGCCGCACGACCGGCCCUCGAGGCGGCCCGGUGCCUGAUGACCAGCGAGGCAGGCGCCGGUACUGGGGCCGGCGCCGGUGCCGGCGGCGAGGCCGCCCGGCCGACCACCAUGACCACCCCCCCGGCGACCAGCCCCUAUCCCGAGUCGAAUCCGCGCUUCCAGCUGCGCUUCAACUUCACCCAGGGCUCGGCGUCGAGUCAUGAAAUCCAAUUCGCCGUGUACUUCGUGCCGGCUUCCACCACCAGCAGCAUCUUCGAUCGGGGGGUCUUGCCGGUCCAGUGUGAUAGCUGCUUGGAAUUCUCGCCCCCCCUGUCGAGCUUGCCGCUGGCCCCGGGGGUCGGGUCCAUGGCCACGACCCCGGCCCAGGACCGGGCACAUUGCCGGACGUGUGCCCACCUGUCGGAGUUGAUUGCCGCCCGCUCGCGCUUGGCCACGGCCGAAUCCACCUUCCUGACAACCGGGCCCUUUGACUGGUCAUCACGCUGCCCGCCCUUGCAUGCGGCCUUCUUGAAUUUGCAGCGCAUCGAGCAGCUCCUGCCGGCGGCCCUGUGGCCCACGUUGCCGGCGGCCCUCCGGCCGACCACUCCUUCGUACUUGUCGCCGGCCACGGCCGGAGCCGAGCCGGGGCUCCUGGCAGACUUGUCGGCCGGGCCCCCGACGACCCUCAGCACGAGCGGCGGCACCAUUUCCAAGUCUCGAUCGCUGACCCGGCGCCUGUUGCAAUCGUCCCACCACCGGUCCAGCUCGGCUAGCACAUCGGCCUCUUCCUCUUCUUCCAGCCUGGCCAGCAGCUCCAGCAGCCUGGCCUCGAGCUUGCGCCUGGGCCGGCGGUCUCGGCGUAAUGGGGCCGAUGCGGAUUCGCAGCAAUCGUCCCUUUCGGCGGCCACCACCCCGGCCGAGGAAGAUGGCUCCGGGUCGGAAACGCCGGCCAGUGGUGAUGAGUGUCCCGGGGUUCUCCCUCCGCCGGGGCAUUCGUCCUCCUCCUCGCUGCGCCUGGUGUCGGAUCUGUCCAUGCCGCUGGCCUCCGACCUGUCAGAGGUGUCCUCGCCGGAUGGCGCGGCGGCCACCAUAGCCGGGGGGUGGCAUUCCGGCGACCCGGGAACCUGGCUGGCUGGGUCAGUUCUCCGACAAUCCGGCGACUUGCAGCGCCUCCGGGCGCCUGGGGCCUUGGCGGCGGAUGCCAUUCCGUCGGCCAUGUCCGGCACCACGGUUCCCAUGGUCCCGGGGCACUGGCAAUUGGUGGUCCCCUGGCAGACAUGCCCCUCGGUUGGUGUGCCGAUCUCCGGGCAGGUGGAUUUGCCGAUCGAUCUGCACAAUGCCAGCUCCCCGGCCUCGGGGACCAUGCUCGGGCAGGUGGUCCUUGUGUGGGACAAUUCGCAUGCGCGGCUGACGGAAAAGAGCGUCAGCUUCUCGGCCAGCGUGGUGCGGUUCUUCGGCGAGCGGCCAUGCAUGGGCCCGGGCUCGGCCGAGCCUCCGGCCGUGCCCCAGCAGCAGCAGCAGCAGCAGCAGCAGCAGCCUGCCUCGGCAGCAGUGGCCUAUCGAACGGUGCCACGCUCGGUGCUGGCUCGUACCCGGCCAGGGCCUUUGUCCCUCCCCCCGCGGCAGUACUUCUCCGGCGCCCUGGUCAUCGGCCGGCGAGACCAAUGCUCCGUGUCUCUGCCGGUGGUUCUCAGCUUGCCGGGGCUCCUCGGGCCGGAGGGCUUCGGCAGCCGGUGGCACCUGCGCCGGCACCGAGUGGCCUGGGAAUUCCGCUCCGAUGGGGACAUCGCCUUUUCGGUGGACUUCCUGCCGCGGGCGUGCGUGUCCGGUCGGGCGACCAUCGCCGGGUCGGAUGGCCGUGCCUCGGGACCCCCUUCGCCAGAUGCUUCGGGGGUCGGGGACAUGGCGGAUGCCUCGGCCACCGUGACCCAGUCGGUGCACUUGCCCCUGGGCCUAACUCGAACCGGGCUACAUAUGGCCGGUGUGCCGGUGUCGCUGCCCGAUGCCGGGAUCGAAGGCGCCCAUCGGGGCGAUGUGGCCACGGCCGCUGCUGCAGCCGGCACAAUGGCCGCCGGGCCGCCGAGUGCCGCGGGCACUGGCGCCACCACCACCACCACCACCGGUCCGGCCACGAGCCCGGUCUCGGGCGGGGCAUCCUCUCCGGCCAGUGUGUUUGAGGUUCCUGCUGGUGUCCCGGUCCCGGAGGCGCUCCUGCGCCAUGCCUCGGAGCUGGUGGCCCACGGACGCCAGGGAUUCUUCACGGCCGGGGACCUGGCCCGGCCGGUGGCCACCGCCAACAUGACCACCACUGCGCCCACCAUGCCCAGCACCGGGGGUGUAUAUCAUGCAGGCGAUCUGCCGCCGCACUCCACCUCCGAGGGGGGCAGUGGCUCGGGCUCGAGCUCGGGCUCGGGUCCCGGCGCCACGGCGGCCACUACCACCACCACCACCACCACCACCACCCCUGUCCCUGGCACCACGCCCAGCUGCCCGGUUGGACCGCACCCGUUGGCCCCCUGCCCGUUGACACUGCCGGUGGCUUUGACCCGGCAAUCCCUGCCGCCGAUGAGUCUCAGCCGGGAAAGCCGCAUCGCCACCUCGGAUGGGACAAUCUCCGGCAGCUACGACCUAGAUCUGUCGCAAUUGCUGCUGGUUGGCCCGCCGGCGGCGCUGGUUACCUCGGCGUCGCGCGGUGCCGGCAUCCCGGCCCCGGUGUCGCCGGUGUGGUUUGCCGAUCAGGACGUCUUCCUCGGGCGGGUGGUGCUCACUUGGAACAACCAGAGUGGGCGCGUGUUCUCGCGGAAGAUCACGUACCACGUCUCGUGCCAGACAUUGAUCGACUCGUCGCGUGAUGUGUGAUUGAUGGACCGCGCGAUCCGUUGGCUGCUCCGUCAUCUCGCUCGCCCUCUCCGGUGGGGGGCAGGCCGCGGCGGCGGGAGGCGGGCGGGGGGGGGGGGG